AUGAACAUUUGCAGAUUAGCUAUCGAUGAAGAUGAGACUGUAACCUUUGCAUUUACUUUGCCAACAUCACAAAAGGAAAAUAAUGUCAGUAUAUUGGCGGAUAAAUUAGCAGAUGAAAUCAUAGAAAAGGAAGUUACGAGGUUGUGCAAACUAACUUAUAGUAAAUCAGUGGUUCAUUCACUGACAACUGCACUGUAUGAUAGUAUCUUGGAGGAUUGUUUGAAGCCACGAUGUCAGGAGGUAAUGAUUGCCGCUAAACUAUUACAUCGGCGCAGGCUAGCCGCUAACCUAGCGAAGAAAAGAGAAGAUGAAAUUCGAUCCUUGCUUGAUUCUUUUAAUGAAUCAAUUUUUCAUGAAGUUAUCGACCAAUUUAUAUGCGAUAUCAGUAAAAAAUGGAUAAUAAAAUACCAGCGGAUACAGGACGAAAAAUUUUUAGCAGAUAUUGGAAGAAUUUUCCUACAUGACUUGGUAACAGAAGUGGUAUUUGAAACAGUGAGGAAAAUAGGAGAAAAUGAGAUGGAAGAAAAUGUAAACUGCGUGAAAAAACGUUUAAAGAAUAUAAAUGAACGACUGAAUAAGUUAUGGCUGAAACAAUUUGUAGAUCGGUGGCGGGAACAAAUAGCUUACAAAAAAGAACAGGAGCGGGAAAAGCUGGAAUUAUUAGGAUCAUUUCCUGUCAUAUUACCAGGUGCAUUUCGAAAACCUAAAUCUGGGUUAAUUUUUCGUCGACGAGGUGGUCAUCCUUUAGAUAAGGCGUUUAUCGAUUACAGCUCUAAGUUAACAAGUACUCUGCUUCUUAAGUGGAUCUCAUUUCAGCUGUUUUCUGAACAGAAAGUAAAUGCCUUUAUUGAAAAAAGGCAUAGAAGAAUAGCGCGAAAAGUGCUGGCAAAAUGGCGUUUAUGGACUCAGUUUCAAAUCGAAAAAAGAGAGUUUUUCAUUACUACAUAUACGUCUUCACCAUUGAAACGGAAAGGGCUGCAUAAUAACAAUAAUAUUUCAAAAGAAAAUGAGGAUGACAUUCGUUUAGCGGUAGCACUUGCUGAUGUUGAAUGUGAACGAUUUAAACCAUUUUGGACAACUAAUCAAAUUCAUAAUGAUUUAGAGGAUGAGCGACAGUUGUCUUGGUGUGAAUCACUCUCUCAACGAUCAUCAAUAUUAUUAGACUGUUUCGAUAAAAAAACACUUGAGAAAGGAGUAGAGAUAGCUGAACGAAAUAUACAACGUAUCGACUAUGGAGGAAGAUGGAUGAUGAAUAAUAAUUGGCCUGGAUAUAAUGGAAACUUGGAUAGCGGGACGUGCAGUUUGAGUCAACAAAAAAAUAGUGAGAAAAUAGACGAAUUCAACGUGCAAAAUAAAACAUAUCAUCUUCCAAGAAAAAGAGAAUGCAAAAAUUUGGAGCACUUGGAGAAGCGAUUGGAAGAUUUCACCAAAGAUCUGGAUGAUGCAUUCAGGUGCAUGGAAGAAAGGAAUCGACGAUACGAUGAAAUUCUCAACUCUUUAGAACCCGAUAAAUAA